AUGGCCAAAGCAAGACGUGUAUUUCGAUACGCGUUCAUCCUCUCAUGUUUAGUAUUUUUGUUUUGGUUUGCAAGCGCUUACUAUGAAGUGAAACAAUUGUUCCAACCAGACUACAAUCUGGUCAUUGAUAACAAGUUUUAUCCAAGUCAGAUAGUGACCAAAGGACAAUUUCCAACGAUCCUGGCAAAAAACCAUCCGACUCUGAAAGUAUCUGAGCCAAUUUGGAGCAAUAAUGUUCGUGAAUCCCUGCAACAUUUUAUCUUUGAUUUUAAACUGGAUAUUGUUGAUAGAGAUACAGUGCUUAAAUAUUACUUGACUAAUAUAGAAAUCUUGUUCAUGAACAACGGACCUUGCUUUUUAACACACACAGUUAAAAGAAGUCUCUAUGUAUCUAAAACGAUGGUGUAUGCUGAUCCAAUUAAGGUUGAACUUCCAUUCCAUUCUGAAAACCCCAUGUGCCAUUCUUUUAAAGAGUUUCCUUCAAAACUUAAAUUCAGAAUUGAUAUUUAUGACGACACCAUUUCACGCAAUGGAAUUAGUUAUUUUUACGAGAUGCCUCUUUGGGCCAACCACUUUAUGGGAACAUUCUCUUCUGAUUUGGCUCUAUUAGGAUGGGAACCCAUACGAAUGACCAUGAUGGGCGUUUCAGGAUGGGGAAAAUCCACCUUCAUCAAUGAAUUGGGAGAGUUUACAUCGAUUUAUCCUUCCAUGAAUCGAAUCAAACUGGUCAGUGAUGCAGGUGCUCAACGGAAGAAGGAUCAUUCGACUCUUGCUGUCCAUCGUUAUUCAUUAUGGGAAUCUGGUAAAUUUGCUGAUAUUCCAUUGUGCUUGGAAGUUCAAGAUCCACCGGGACAUGACACUGGAGCCAUCGAUAAGGUCCUCAAUAUGUUGAGUAUUUGGCAAAACAAAAGAUUACAGUGGGAGAUGAUAUUGUGA